AUGAUCUUGUUAAAGGUAAAAAAUUCUUUUACAAAGCCUUCCAACUUGUGUCUCCUAACUCAACCGCCAUCGGCUUCUUCCUGGAGACAAUCGGAUCGAUUCCAUAGCUUACGGAGGAGAUGGCAGCUACCACCAGAAAAUGCCGGAAUCUUGCAAUCUCCAUCCAUUCCGACCUCCAUUUCCACCACCUCCACCGCCGAUUCACAUGGAGUUAUGUGGCGUGAUGUUCUUAGAGCAAAUGCACGAAAGGAAUUUGAAGAAGCUCGAUUCGAGAAGGAUCCAGAAGUUAUUACUCGGUUGCUUAUUGGUGGACAUGAUGCUGUUCAAGCUGCUCUUGAUAAACUUGUUGAAAAGCAAAAGGCACAGAUUGCUAAGGAAAAAGCGGAUCAUGAACGCAGAUAA